UUGGACGUGGGUUAUUGGUAUGCACUUUUUGUCAUCCAGACAAACGAAGUAUUACUCUACGUCGAUUUCACCUAUAGGAUUUCCUCUUAUUCUUGUUGCAUCAACCCAUUUUGUCACACAGGUUGGUUCAAACGACGCCACACAUUGCAUAUCCAUCUUAGACGUAUACCAAUGAGUCAGAUUCCUAAAAAGUCCGAGGAAUUGCGCUCGUGGCUCAUGGAACGAUUUCGUAUCAAAGAUGACACACAAUUUUUAUCGGGUGUGUGCGUAAAACCUUUUUUCACUGAGGUAUUCUUAUGCCUGACUCCGGUACAGUCGAAUGACUGA